UCAGAAUGCAGUGCUCAACGGCUUACCUUUUGGUCACCUUGGUUUUCUCUGGUCUGGUGUUUAAAAAUGUCCCUGCACAGAGCACAGAUGGAUAUCUCCUUUCUCCUGAUGUUAUUCUGCAAAAUAGUAAUGAACUGCCGCACUCGCAGAGCAGCGAGGAAGCUUUAAAUGAAGAAUUGAGAAGUCUUGAUUUGGAGGAAAUUAAGGAUAUUGUCCAGUCAUCAUUUAGUAAAAGCAAAAGCCCCAUCUUGAGUAAAUUAUCUAGCUCUCUGGCCAACCUACCUUUGAGGUUUGGAAGAGCCUCUCAGCCCAUUGCUAACCUUCCCUUAAGGUUUGGAAGAGAACUGGAGAAAACAGAGCGGUCACCCAAGGCUAUAGUCAAUCUGCCACAGCGCUUUGGUAGAUCUGCUCUUCUAACCUUGUCACUAUUACCAGAGGCAAGUCAUCCACCGCGAACUGCCAGGUCAUCACGUCCAUAUGCUACUCUUCCUCAGAGAUUUGGAAGAGACCCAGUGGGAAAGAAGCCAUCUCACUUUUCUGUGAUGCUUCCACUUCGGUUUGGUCGUGUUCCCCAGCUAAGAAGCAGAUAGUGGCAGAAAUGGAAACAACGUAACCAAUGUGCGAUUAAAGCUUUCAAGAUGAGUGCAAGCUUGUUUCCACAUGAUAUUGAUGAACACUUGGUUGAGUUAUUAGUGAUGUGUGUAAAAAAAUCCAGCAUUAUUUUUGGUUUAUAUUGAUUCAAUGCAUUGAAUAAUGUAUCAACGAUAACCAUUGCCCUGUAUGUUACUUGUCAUUGCCAGACAACAGUAAUUACUCCUGAAUCUUUUGAGUCAUUUUAAGCCAUCAGGUCUAUUAUUAUGCAGACUCCUAGCACUUACUUCAGUCAAUCUUCUGUUAUGGGUCUUCCUACUUACUUGUUUCCCUUUAAGUUCUGUAUUUUUUUUCCAAUAUUAGGACUUUUAUCUUAGAAUUUUUAUCUUUUUUUUUUUUAAAACCUCUCUUAAACUACCUCUAUUAUUGUUUGUUUCUGAUUAGCCUUUGUUUGUUCAUACCCAAUUUUUACAUCCUGCAAGUGAUAGUUUCACAAAAUCCUUCUCAGCACAAGACCUUCAUAUCUGUCAAGAUUUUUUGACUCAAUGGACAGUUAAUUUAAACGUGAGCAUGACAUUCUCCACUAAUCAAAUGAAUGCAGUAUCAUAAAAGCGUUCAAACUAUCAACACUGUAUAAAUGUUAAACAACCCAAUCAUGUAUUAUAUUUGUGCUUUCUAUAUGUUAUCGCUUUCUAGUCAAGAUUAUAAAAAAUGGUUACCCCCCAGGAUACUAAAAUAUCAGAAAAAUAAAAGAGGAGUAAAUCAAAUAUAACAUUGCAUCCAUUCCAUUUAAUUAGUUUAUUUGUUAAAUAAAAAUAUUUUUCAAAAAGACUCAGUGGUGAUUAUUUUUGAGGAUUAUUUUUUCCAUGAAAUUAUAAGACAACAAUUAUGUUGCUGGUGAAAUAAUAGAAAACACAUUUUUAUAAAUGAGCAUUGUAUGGUGGCAGUUCAGAGUAAUUCAGUUUUCAGGUACCCUAAAGAAUGAAAGGCUACUUUUGUGUAAACAAGAUAUAUUUUAAAGGUUUCAUAUUAAUUUCCAGA